AUGCGUGGAUUCUUGCCUAUGGGUUAUCGUUGUUACAACAAGACUCGCGGUCUAAUUAGCGCGUCAGAACCCAGAAUUGCGUUGUCCAGGUUCCCUAUUUCAAGCACACACAACCUCUUGACCGCGGUUGGGUGCGACACUAGAGCCAACAUCAAGGCCUAUGAGGGUGAAGACUACAUAACMGGAUGUCUAUCAAUGACUGGGUGUGAUGGGUUAACCAAUGGUUCAUGUUUAGGCAUGGGUUGCAGCCAGGUUCCAGUCCCUUAUGAUCUCACAAGUUUUCGCAUCCAUGCACAAAGCAACACGGGGAAAGUAGGGAAGUGGAGUUACAAUAAUUGCACGUAUGCUUUUCUUGUUGAGAAAGACCGUUACACGUUUGUUGAAACGGAUCUUGAUAAUAUGCGGAAUCGGUCUUUCCCAGUGGUUUUAGAAUGGUCAGUUGGGAACACAAGCUGUAAAAUAGCUCAAAUGAACAAGACUACCCAUCUUUGCAAAGAGAAUAGUGUAUGCUAUGAUGAUUCGAUCAUAUCGUUCAACCAAGGUUCUCAGGGGUAUCGUUGUAAAUGUGCUCAAGGGUACCAAGGUAACCCGUACCUCCCAAAUGGAUGUCAAGAUAUCAACGAAUGUGAAGGACCUAAGCACGAUUGCGUGCAUGCUUGUGGUAACACAAACGGGAGCUACAAUUGUUCAUGUCCGUUAGGGAUGGGUGGCGAUGGUAGAAAGGAUGGGACCGGUUGUUCUUAUUUAGAAGCAGCUAAAUCGCUUAAAAGUUCAGUCUACCUCGGUAUCAGCAUGGGAACCGCGGGUUCAGCUGUGUUAACACUUAUCUUAUACUGGGGAGUCAAACAAAGGCAAAUCAUGAAGAGCAGGGAGAAGUUCUUCAAGAAAAACGGCGGAUUGAUCUUGCAGAAACUACUCUUUGAAUCUAAACAUAUGGAGAAGAUCAUAUUUGCAGCACGAGAUCUUGAAAAGGCAACGAAUAACUUCAAUAAAACCAAUGUCAUCGGUCAAGGAGGUUUUGGGAUCGUGUAUAAAGGCAUACUAGCAGAUAAAACAACGGUUGCCAUCAAGAAAUCUAAGUCGAUUGACGAGAACCAGAUUGAACAGUUUAUAAAUGAAGUGAUCAUUCUAUCAGAGAUUAGCCACCCGAAUGUGGUCAAACUCUUGGGUUGUUGCCUAGAAACGCAAACUCCUCUUCUGGUUUACGAGUUUGUAGCAAAUAAGACCGUUUUCCACCACCUACACGAAAAAUACGAGAUAUCCUCAAUGGCGUUUGAAAGGCGCUUAAACUUAGCCGCACAGAUUUCUGAAGCUCUUGCUCAUAUACACUCAUCUACACAAAUCAUUCAUAGAGAUGUUAAAUCUUCAAACAUACUUUUGACCGAUGAUUUCACUGCUAAAGUGUCGGACUUUGGGAUCUCAAGGUUCAUUCCUGUUGACGAGACUCAUUUACAGACAUUGGUGCAUGGAACUCUUGGGUACAUAGAUCCUGAGUAUUUUCGUUCUGGAAUUUUGACCGUUAAAAGUGAUGUUUAUAGUUUUGGGAUGGUUCUGGUUGAGCUUCUUACGGGUAGAAAGGUCUUUUCACCUGAUGGAACCGAAAGUGAGUUGGGUCUAGCAACAUUUUUCGUUUCUUCCAUGGAACGGGGUCGUUUAAUUCAAGUUCUUGAUGAUCGGGUGAGGAAUGAUGGGGUUAAUGAGCAUAUUGAACACUUGGCAAGGCUUGCAAAAGAUUGUGUGGAAUUAGAAGGCAAGAAAAGGCCUACGAUGAAAGAAGUGAAAGAGAAACUCGAGGAACUGAGACAAUCUUACUCGAAGAGUUGUAUCGUGUCCACGAAAAUUAAGUUUAUUGACUUUGACGAGCUUCUAUUGUUUGAUUGA